AUUCGAGGAGUAAUAAUAAAUACGUACUAGUAUUAUCCGCAGUGUCUUUGCUGCUUAUGUUUUUGUCUUUCGAACCUUUCUUCUUCGUUCUCUUGCCUUCGCUCUUUUCAUCCUCUCGUUCUUUUCAAAACCCUCUUCUUCCUUCGUGUUCCAUUCAACUCUAGGGUUAGGGUUAGGGUUUUUCCCCCUUUCUAUCUAAUUCCAUCACACCUCUCUCUCUCUCUCUAGGCUUUAAUUUCACUUUUCUUUGGAUCUCGAUCUACUUAUUUCUGUUACUGCAAUGGACGCUCGCAAGCGUGGAAGGGUUGAUGCUUCCGUCAACGUUAACGGCGGCUCCGUCAAGAAAACCAAACAAGAAAUGGACUCUUUAUCAAGUGGUGUAGGAAGCAAAACGAAGCCUUGUACCAAGUUUUUCAGCAUUGCUGGCUGCCCAUUCGGUGAGGGUUGUCACUUCUUGCAUUUUGUUCCCGGUGGUUAUAAUGCUGUUGCCCAGAUGAUGAAUUUAAAAUCUGCUGCACCUCCUAGAAAUGUUCCUGCGCCACCACCAGUUUCUAACAAUGGUUCUGCACCACAUUCUGUUAAAAGCCGCAUAUGCAACAAGUUCAAUUCUGCUGAAGGCUGCAAAUUUGGUGACAAGUGCCAUUUUGCCCACGGUGAAUGGGAACUUGGCAAACCUUAUGCUCCAUCAAUUGAUGAUCACCGUCCUAUGGCACCCACAACAGUUAAUCGUAUGGUUGGUCGAACAGAGGCUCCUUCUGGUCUGGGCACUACUAGCUUUGGUGCCAAUUCUACUGCCAAGAUCAGUGUAGAAGCUGCCUUGGCUGGAGCUAUCAUUGGAAAGGGUGGUGUGAAUUCGAAGCAGAUCUGUCGCCAAACAGGAGUCAAAUUUUCAAUUCGAGACCAUGAAUCUGAUCCAAACCUUAGAAACAUUGAACUUGAGGGAACAUUUGAUCAAAUUGCACAAGCAAGUAACAUGGUAAAAGAUUUACUUUUGACUCUAUCAGCGUCUGCCCCACCUAAAUCCACCCCAGGUGUUCCUAGUGCCCCCGGUGCUGCUGCCCAACCUGGAAGAAACAUCAAAACCAAGCUGUGUGAAAAUUUUGCUAAAGGAUCUUGCACUUUUGGAGAAAAAUGUCACUUUGCCCAUGGAGCUGCUGAAUUGCGCAAACUAGGAAUCUAAAUUUGACCUUGGUCAGGUGUACUUUUUUCUUCUUUUAUUAGCCAGGGCUAUUACUAUUAUAUUAUUACUCUAUUAUUAUUAUUAUCAAUGUUACUAUUGUUGUUGAUUGCUACUUAGUGGUACUGACAUGACUUAUGAUGUUAGUUUUGCCAUUGCAAGUUUAUUUUCAAAGCGACUUAUUUGGGUUCCAAAUGGGUCUGCUUUUAUUUGUUA